GCAUGAUGCCGCUACCAGGAAGUUCCAACACAGUCCUGUUAGCUGGACGUUGUGCUCGGAGGCUAUAAAUCCCUCGUUGGCCUUUUCAUUUAUUAACAAAGUGAAACAAUCGUAUUUGGUUUGGAAGAGUAUGGUUCAAUGUAGGAUGACACAGUCUUGCUUUUACUUUGUAUCCCCUGUUUGUGCUAAAAUGCGUUGUUGUCGUUCUGUUAGCCGGCUAGCUAACAAGCCAGCUAACAGUUAGUUAAGGUUGUUUUGAUGAAUAACUUAUUGUGAAUAGUAACGUCAGCGGCGGCUGGACUCCAGUGCUAGUAACGUACACUGAAAGGUUUGUUUGGAUUUAGUCCAGUCUUAUCAGGAAAUUCUAUUUUAUGUGUUAGCCGUUACUAAGGAGAGUUAAUGUAAAUCGUGGGUAGUGCACCAGCUAGCUGGUUAGUCGACAUCAAACGGCGGUCGCUUUGCUUCAGCUACCGCAGCUGGGGACCGUCUGAGUUGUCCCUUGCCCCCAAUAGUGGACGUCUGGCGAGCUUAUAAAGCUCUCUGUCGAUCGGAUUCAAUGCGUGGGAUGAUGGGGACCCAGAGUAGUCCGGUCAAGAGUUACGAUUAUCUCCUGAAGUUUCUUUUGGUGGGAGACAGCGAUGUCGGAAAGGGGGAAAUCUUGGACAGUCUGCAAGACGGAUCAGUAGAGUCCCCCUAUGCCUACAGCAGUGGGAUUGAUUACAAGACCACCACAAUUCUGCUGGAUGGGAGGAGAGUGAAAUUAGAGUUAUGGGACACAUCAGGGCAAGGCAGAUUCUGCACCAUCUUCAGGUCUUACUCUCGUGGGGCACAGGGCAUACUGCUCGUGUAUGACAUCACUAACGGCUGGUCAUUUGAUGGUAUUGACCGCUGGAUCCGGGAAAUUGAUGAGGUAAUCCCAUUCAACCCAUUUAUGGUUGACAAAGAAACACAGCAAAUGCAUGGGCACGCCCCUGGGGUACCCAGGAUCCUAGUGGGCAACCGGCUGCACCUGGCUUUCAAGCGACAGGUGCCAACGGAGCAGGCAAGGGCGUAUGCAGAAAAGAACAGCAUGACUUUCUUUGAGGUCAGUCCGCUGUGCAACUUCAAUGUCAUCGAAUCCUUCACAGAACUUUCACGCAUUGUGCUGAUGAGGCACGGGAUGGAGAAAUUCUGGAGGCCCAACAGAGUCUUCAGCCUCCAAGACCUGUGCUGCCGUUCGAUCGUCUCCUGCACACCGGUGCACCUUAUUGACAAACUGCCCCUCCCUGUGGCCAUCAAGUCCCACCUCAAGUCUUUUUCUAUGGCCAACGGCAUGAAUGCAGUCAUGAUGCAUGGACGCUCCUACUCUGUGGCCAACAGUGCAGCCUCAGGCGCUAGCAGCGGUGGAAGCAAAGCCAACAGCCUCAAACGCUCAAAGUCCUUCAGGCCUCCACAGAGCCCUCCAAAGGACUCGUCGUCUUCCUCUAAGGGGAACUGUAAGAUUUCAUAGUGAAGGAGCGAAUUACUGGUUGCCUCCGUGGGGCCAGUAUUAAAGGUGUUGUUGCUCCAAGAUGUCAUUAGACCGUAGAAGAGCGUGGAGAGCUACCAGAAACCUUCAACAGUAACAGAUAUCUCUGUGAACUUAACAUCGACAGACUUGGAUGGUAGGACUGGUUUCUGUUUUGUGCUUGCUGGUGCCAUCUUGUGGAUAUCCGUUUACCUGUACUCUUUACUACAGAAGCUCACUGUGAUCAAGUACAAGAACAAGAUUUCCCUGGGACCAAUAGAUGUGAAUCAAGGAUUAUCACUCACCUUUUAACACUACAAAUGAGUGGAGGGACAUUAGCUAGCUUUUAUUCGGAAAAGGAUUGUUUAUUGUAUUUAAAGUUGGACUUGAAGUUGUAAAUAUACAGUAUGUGCUUUUUGUUUUGGUCUGUGUUUGGUAAUUGGUCUCCAGAUUGACCAGCUUUUUAUGCUCGUUUUGUCUUGAAUGUUUUCGGAGACCUGCUUUGGUGUACAACUUAUCUGUGUGUCUUUUGCCUUUUGUCUACCAUAAGAAAAAGAUCCCUUUGCAGCCUCAAAGAUGCUGAGCUACUAUUUAAAACUCAGCUUUAGUUAAGUUUUAAAGAAGACUGGUUUAAAUUGAAUGUCAUGAGAAGAGCAGGGCUAGUUUUCCAGACAGACUAGUAGUAGACUUAAGAAAAAUGUAAAAAAAA